AUGCCUCCGCGCGCGCCGCCCCGGGCCGCCGCCGCCGCCGCCACGCGGGGCGCAGGGGGCGCCGGCGGGCCUGGGCUCCGGCCGACCCCGAGCCCCUGGCGCUGGCUGCUGCUGCUCGCGCUGCCGGCCGCCUGCUCCGCGCCCACGCCGCCGCCGCCGCGCCCCGUCUACACCAACCACUGGGCAGUGCAAGUGCUCGGCGGGCCCGCCGCGGCGGACCGCGUGGCCGCGGCGCACGGCUACCUCAACUUGGGCCAGAUUGGAAACCUGGAGGAUUACUACCAUUUUUACCAUAGCAAGACCUUCAAACGAUCGACCUUGAGUAGCAGAGGUCCUCACACCUUCCUCCGCAUGGAUCCUCAGGUGAAAUGGCUUCAACAACAAGAAGUAAAACGCAGGGUGAAGAGACAGGUGCGAAGCGACCCUCAGGCCCUUUAUUUCAACGAUCCCAUUUGGUCCAACAUGUGGUACAUGCAUUGUGCCGACAAGAACAGUCGCUGUCGGUCAGACAUGAACGUCCAGGCAGCAUGGAAGCGGGGCUACACUGGAAAAAACGUGGUGGUCACCAUUCUCGACGACGGCAUAGAGAGGAAUCACCCAGAUCUGGCCCCAAACUAUGAUUCCUACGCAAGCUAUGAUGUCAAUGGGAAUGAUUAUGACCCGUCUCCACGAUACGAUGCCAGUAAUGAAAAUAAACAUGGCACUCGUUGUGCCGGAGAAGUUGCCGCUUCAGCCAACAACUCUUACUGCAUCGUGGGCAUAGCAUAUAAUGCAAAGAUAGGAGGCAUCCGAAUGCUGGACGGCGAUGUGACAGAUGUGGUUGAGGCCAAGUCCCUGGGCAUCCGACCCAACUAUAUUGACAUUUACAGCGCCAGCUGGGGGCCGGACGAUGACGGGAAGACAGUGGAUGGGCCAGGCCGACUGGCUAAACAGGCUUUCGAGUACGGCAUUAAAAAGGGCCGGCAGGGCCUGGGCUCCAUUUUCGUCUGGGCCUCUGGGAAUGGUGGGCGAGAAGGGGACCACUGUUCCUGUGAUGGCUAUACCAACAGCAUCUACACCAUCUCUGUGAGCAGCACCACUGAGAAUGGCCACAAGCCCUGGUACUUGGAGGAAUGCGCCUCAACCCUGGCUACCACCUACAGCAGCGGGGCCUUCUAUGAGAGGAAGAUCGUCACCACCGAUCUGCGCCAGCGCUGCACUGACGGCCACACCGGGACCUCAGUCUCAGCCCCCAUGGUGGCGGGCAUCAUUGCCUUGGCUCUAGAAGCAAACAACCAGUUAACGUGGAGAGACGUACAGCACUUGCUAGUGAAGACAUCCCGGCCGGCCCAUCUGAAGGCGAAUGACUGGAAGGUCAACGGUGCUGGGCAUAAAGUUAGCCAUCUGUAUGGAUUCGGCUUGGUGGAUGCAGAAGCUCUGGUCCUGGAGGCGAGGACGUGGACAGCAGUGCCAUCGCAGCACAUGUGCGUGGCUGCUGCAGACAAGAGGCCCAGGAGCAUCCCUAUAGUGCAGGUGCUGCGCACCACAGCCCUGACCAGCGCCUGUGCUGACCGUUCAGAUCAGCGUGUGGUCUACUUGGAACAUGUGGUGGUCCGUGUCUCCAUCUCCCACCCACGCCGUGGAGACCUUCAGAUCCACCUGAUUUCUCCCUCUGGAACCAAAUCACAACUUUUGGCAAAGAGGUUACUGGAUUUUUCCAACGAGGGCUUUACAAACUGGGAGUUCAUGACGGUCCACUGUUGGGGAGAAAAGGCAGAAGGAGAAUGGACCUUAGAGAUUCAAGAUAUGCCAUCUCAAGUCCGCAACCCAGAAAAGCAAGGAAAGCUGAAAGAAUGGAGCCUCAUUUUAUAUGGCACAGCGGAGCACCCAUACCGCACCUUCAGCUCCCAUCAGUCCCGCUCGAGGACGCUGGAGAUCUCAACCCCAGAACUAGAGCCAUCCAAGACGGCUGGCUCACCAUCUCAAGCCGAAACGCCUGAGGAUGAGGAAGAUUACACAGCUCCUUCCACCCAAGGCUCUCCUAAUAUUUUACAGACCAGUGUGUGCCAUCCCGAGUGUGGUGACAAAGGCUGUGAUGGCCCCAAUGCAGACCAAUGCUUGAACUGCGUCCACUUCAGCCUGGGAAGCGUCAAGACCAGCAGGAAAUGUGUGAGUGAGUGUCCCUUGGGCUACUUUGGGGACACAGCAGCAAGACGCUGUCGCCGGUGCCACAAGGGGUGUGAGACCUGCACAGGCAGGAGCCCAACGCAGUGCCUGUCUUGUCGCCGUGGGUUUUAUCACCACCAAGAGACGAACACCUGUGUGACCCUCUGUCCCGCGGGACUUUAUGCUGAUGAAAGUCAGAGACACUGCCUUAAAUGCCACCCGAGCUGCAAAAAGUGUGUGGAUGAACCUGAGAAGUGCACUGUCUGUAAGGAAGGAUUCAGCCUUGCUCGGGGCAGCUGUAUCCCAGACUGUGAGCCAGGCACCUACUUCGACUCUGAGCUGAUCAAGUGUGGGGAGUGUCACCACACCUGCCGGACCUGCGUAGGGCCCAGCAGAGAAGAGUGUAUUCACUGUGCAAAAAACUUCCACUUCCAAGACUGGAAAUGUGUGCCAGCCUGUGGUGAAGGCUUCUACCCAGAGGAGAUGCCCGGCUUGCCUCACAGAGUGUGUCGAAGGUGUGAUGAGAACUGCUUGAGCUGCGAAGGCACCAGCAGGAAUUGCAGCAGGUGUAAGGCAGGCUUCACACAGCUGGGGACCUCCUGCAUCACCAACCACACAUGCAGCAACGCUGAUGAGACCUUCUGCGAGAUGGUGAAGUCUAACCGGCUCUGCGAGCGGAAACUCUUCAUCCAGUUCUGCUGCCGCACAUGCCUCCUGGCUGGGUAGGGGCACCAGCUGUCUGCAGAGGGCAGGGCCCGUCCUGUCCACCCAUUUGUCCAUCCACCUUCCUCCAGACUGACAGCCAAAAAGCCUGUUCCAAGGUGGGUGCCCUGCAUCUGACAGCUCUGUCCUUCCUGGAGCCGGGUCCUGCUGCAGCAUCUCUGGGUACCCAAACCAAGUGGGUGGUGACCCUUAAGGACAUGCAUCUAAAAUGGCAACGUCUCCUCAAGCUCUGCUUGCCGGCUACAGUCUUCUGGCAAACUCAAAAUGGGAACAAAAGAAAUUUCGAGACUCCACAGCUGCCGCUUCAGAAGGGUUUCUAGGGCCCUAGCUUACUGCGACUUCAAGACCAAAGCAGAUAGGAAAGAUGCUCAGAUAUGGUCCUCCUCCAUGUGUUUGUUAGGCUCUGUAGUCAAUCUCACUGAGCUGGCUGGCAGGGCCUGGGCUAUCCUCACCCAUGACAAGGAACCUUACCACCUAGUGGCCACCUGCCACCAAGCAGCCUGGAGGACGGUUUGGUCAGACUGUAAAUAAAAUAGGUUUUGGGGCACAAGAUGUGUGACCACUGCGGAUGGAAUCUAUCUCUACAUAGUCAGGUCCUUCUGCUUCUGCGGCAGCUGCCUGGAAGGUCCAAUACCAACCUGGAGCAGGUUCGUCCUCGGCGGCCUUCUCUGAGCGAGCCAAGCUGUCCUCAUGACUGUUCUGCCUGUCUCUCUAAGGCCUCCUGGGCCCGAGCGACACCGCUACCUGAUACAGAGUCUGCAGAGGAGGGGCCCAAGCAGGAGUUUGGGGCCAACCGAAAGACAGCCAGUGGGCCAAGCAAUUCCUCCUAAGGACGUGCAAAGCCAGCCCUGAUCAUCAGUCACCCGGCCCUCUGCAUUCUAGGAAUUGCUUUAAAAGUGCAUUCGGCCUCUGCUGUCCGGGGGACUUGUUCUCGGGGUACGCAUCUGUGUCUGUGUAUAGUAUGAGCCUACGGGACACAGCUGGGUUUAUUUCUGCCAAACCUGUGUAGGCAUUUUAUAAGCUACAUGUUCUAAUUUUUACCAAUGUUAAUUAUUUUGACAAAUAUUUCAUAUAUUUUCAUUGAAAUGCACAGAUCUGCUUGAUCAAUUCCCUUUAAUAUGGGAAUAACAUUUGCCUUAAAUUUUUUCAACCUCGUCUCUCUCCAUAUUGUCCUGCUCCCUUCUCUGACUAUAAUGCGUUUGCCUUGUCUCCUGUGAGUAGCAAGGACCCAGCUGUUGUCUGUUGAAUCCACAACUUCGAGAAAGAAAUCAGUGAAUCAAAUCUGAUGUUAACCCUAAGUUAAUAAAAGAGUUAACAUUCCAUUGCAAA